AUGCGCCAAUUGGAUGGACUUCUUCAGUUACAACUUUCCCGGGAAGUCCUACGACGACAUGAUGAGUUUGUUAGCGAGAUGCUUGAUGACACUCUUAAAUUGCUAGGCGUUUGCAGUAGGAUGAGAGAUGUUAUACCCUACAUUGGAGAGCAACAUCGAGGCCUCCUAUCCGCUCUCCGUAGGAGGGGCUACAUUAGCUUGGAUUGCCAAAUUGGGGCCUAUAUCUCAGCCCAAAAGAAGAUGACAAAGGUUUCGGCCCAAUGCCUUGGCACAUUGAAGAAAGACCACAAGCCACAACACCAACAAUCUACUCAACACAAUGAGGUCCUCUGUGAAUUGAGGCAAGUUGGAUCUAUCACCACUUUGCCUAAUGGGCAGUGGGAGAGUACAAAAGUGGCUCUCAAUGCCCUCUGCACCAGCUCUGGCAAGGUUGAUGACUUGCGUGUGAAGGAUGCCCGAAGACAACUAGAGUCAUUGGAUGAAUGCAUAACCAACAUUGAUGAUCAGUUUGGGUGCAUCAGCAGUCACCUGAUUCGAACCCGUGUUGCCCUCCUUAACAUCCUAACAAUAUAA